UAUUUUCCCUUUCUUUUCUUUUUCUUCCUAUUUCUUCCAACUAAAUAAAACCUUUAUUUCCUUUACUAAUAAUAACCAAAUACGGCCUUACUGUAGAACAUAACUAAAUCUUCCCUCUUCCAUAUUUUUUUCCCCCGAUCACAAAAAAAAAAAAAAAGCAAUCUUUAAAUCUUGAUUAUUACUUUCCGCCAUGAAGCUCCACCAGCUCCGUCGCCAAUCCAACUUCUCAUCUCUAUCCUCCGCCGUUACAAACACCUGUAAACCACCUCAACCUCCCCCCUCACCACCCCCUCCACUAACCCAAAACCAAUUACAAACUUCAAUCUUAAAUUCUCAGUGGCAUUUCGUCGAACACCUUGCGCACACUCUCACCCCCGCCGUAAUUUCCACCACCUUCUUUAAUCUCCGAUCAAAACCCACUGUCGUUUCCAAAUUUCUCGACCAAAUCAACCCUACCCACCUUGAUGCUGACUCUAAUUCCCUUGCCCUUGUCAUAGUCUCGCUCCUCCCAUCACCAAAGUCCGCUGUGCAGCUUGCAAAGCGUAUAAUUAACAGCAGGUUAGUAACUAGCUCCGAUUUUUUUACCAAAUUGGGGAAAUCCCGUGAAAAAUUGAAUGUUGAAAUUAGCAUUUGUUAUGAUUAUUGGAUUAGGGGUUUGUGUCAAUUGAAAAAAGCCGAAGAAGCUUUUAAAUGUUUUAAGAUGAUGAAGGAUUUGGGUGUUUUGCCUAAAGUUGAAACCUGUAAUGACAUGUUGAGUUUGUUUCUUAGAUUCAAUUAUACUCAAAUGGCUUGGGUUUUGUAUGCUGAGAUGUUUAAAUUGAAGAUUAGUUCUAAUACUCAUACCUUCAAUAUCAUGAUUAAUGUGCUUUGUAAGGAAGGGAAGUUGAAAAAGGCUAUGGAAUUUGUGGAGUGUAUGGAGAUUGCCGGAUUUAAGCCGAAUGUUGCGACUUAUAAUACCUUGAUUAAUGGGUAUUGUUCGAGGGGUAAAAUCGAAAAUGCUAGGAAGAUUUUGUGUGAGAUGAAGGUUAGGGGGAUUUAUCCGGAUUCAUACACAUAUGGUACAAUCAUAAAUGGCCUGUGUAAAGAAGGGAGGGUUGAUGAAUCUGUUAGAUUCUUUGAUAAAAUGGUGGAUAGUGGGUUGGUGCCAACUGCUGUGAAUUUCAAUGCUUUGAUUGAUGGGUAUUGUAAUAAAGGGGAUUUAGAGAAGGCGUUCGGUUACAGAGAUGAGAUGGUUAAGAAGGGUGUGGCACCAACUUUGCCAACUUAUAAUAUGUUGAUACAUUGUUUGUUAAUGGAAGGGAAGGAUGAUACUGCAUAUCAAUUGAUAAAGGAGAUGGAAGAGAAAGGUAUCAAGAAAGAUGAUGUUACUUAUAACAUUCUGAUUAAUGCGUAUUGCCAAAGUGGAAAUGUAAAGAAGGCUUUUGAGCUUCUUGAUGAAAUGUUAGUCGAGGAGAUUCAACCUACUAGGGUUACAUACUCAUCUCUUAUUUAUGUGUUGAGCAAAUCUAAGAGGAUGAAGGAGGCAACUGAUCUCUUUGAGAAGGUAACAAGAAAAGGUUUGACUCCGGACCUUGUGAUGUUUAAUACUCUGAUAAAUGGUCAUUGUGUCAAUGGGAAAAUGGAGAAGGCUUUGUUAGUUUUGAGUGAGAUGGAUAGAAGAAAAGUUAAUCCUGAUGUAGUCACAUACAAUACAUUAAUGCAGGGACUUUGUCGGGUUGGUAAGGUUGAAGAAGCUCGAAAACUUGUUGAUGAGAUGAAGGGAAGGGGGAUCUCGCCGGAUCAUGUUAGUUUUAAUACUCUUAUUAGUGGGUAUAGCAAGAGAGGCGAUAUGAAGGAUGCCUUUAAGGUUCGAGAUGAAAUGUUAGACAUUGGAUUUAAUCCCACUCUUCUUACUUACAAUGCCUUAAUUCGAGGGUUGUGCAAGAAUAAGGAAGGUGCCCUUGCUCAAGAACUUCUAAAAGAAAUGGUUGGUAGAGGAAUUACUCCCAAUGACAGCACGUAUUUCUAUUUGGUCGAUUCCAUUGGGGAUGUUGAAAACUUUCUUGAAAACAGCAGGCCACAACAAGUAAAAAUUCAGUUUUGCAAAAAUCAGGUGAAGGGAUUAGGGCCUUACUCAUGAAACUGUCACGAGUAGUAUCAGAAUUAUAAGUUUAUAACCAUUAUCUAUUUGGGUAGCCAGACCUAUUUAUCGAGGAAGUUCCAGUUUUUCAUUACUUCCCGUGAAAGGACUGCAUGAACAACUCUGAUGGCGUGUACAAAAAGGAGCCUCUUCUGAGGACAACUUCAGCAAAGAAGAGAGAAUUGAAUUCCAUGAUGGUAAGUGUAAGUGUUGGAUAUGAAUGCUUUCUAAACAAAGGAAGAGCUAAAAAGAUUGAUAUUACACCCUCUGACGUAUAAAACUGAUAUGGGACAAUUUCUUCAAAGGGUACGGUGUGACCUAUCACAACUGCAGAUCUAAGCGCGUGGCAACAGUCAAAGAACAACCAGAUUAUCAAUGUAGGAGUUCCUGCUUAUGUAUUGGUGGAUUGCUUGCUUCGCUCUCCUUUUGUACUACUUAUUAAACUUAGAAAUUACUAGUUGUCGUCUCUUGUCUACAAAGAUGUUCUGUUUCCAUGGCUGAAAUCUGGGGUUGUUUGUGCUAAAAUUCUAUGACAAAAAUGGUUUUGGUAGAACAAAAAUGCAAUCACCAUGUAAAGACCAAUCAGAAACUGAUAGUGAAGGGUGUGAUGUCAGCGGAUCAGAUGGUGAUGACCCAUCUUGGAUCGCAUGCCAAAUUUAGGUUUAUUGAUAAUUUGAUGUUGAUUAGAAUGUUGCUAAUGUUGUGUCUGGUUCGAUUUGAGUGAAAGUCAGGUGUAAUUAGUUUCGAAUUUGGUGCGAGUUUGAGUUGGGUAAUCUGGAAUGAUUGUGUUAGGUCUAGCUAAUUCCUUCAUUAAGCUUGCAUAGCUUAUAAGGACACUUAUAUGUGAAUAGCCGAAUAGGUGAUCGGUUAACAAAGCGGAGAUAAAAUAGUGGUUAAAAUAUACUCCCUCCGUUCCUUAAUACUUGAUCUGUUUUGACCGGA